AUGUCUUCCCUCUACAACCUCGAACCCCAACCCACAGCCUCCUGCAUCCUACACACCACCUCGGGCGACAUCUCCCUCGAACUCUGGGCCCAACAACUCCCCCUCACAACUCGAAAUUUCCUGCAGCUCGCGCUCGACGGCUACUACGAUGGCACGAUAUUUCACCGUCUCGUCCCAGGCUUCAUACUCCAGGGCGGCGAUCCAACAGGCACUGGGAAUGGCGGCGAGAGUAUCUAUGAUGGCGGGGCAUACGGGGAGGAAAAUGGGAUCUGGCCCAUGGAGGAGAGGAAGGGAGGGAAUGCUGGGCGCAAUGGUGUGGGGUUUAAAGACGAGUUUCAUUCGAGGGUGAAGUUCAAUCGUCGCGGGCUGUUGGCGAUGGCGAAUGAUGGGACGCCGGAUAGUAAUGGGAGUCAGUUUUUCCUGACGCUGGAUAGUACGCCUGAGUUGCAGGGUCGAAAUACGCUGUUUGGGCGCGUGGAGGGGGAGACGAUUUAUAAUGUUGCGAAGAUGGGAGAAGCGGAGGUGGGGGGGAAUGAGAGACCGCUUUACCCGACCACGGUUACGAGUGUAGAGGUGCUGGUUAAUCCGUUUAAGGAUAUGGUUAGGAGGGAAAAGAAGGUUGAUGUGGACAUUGUGAAGGCGAAGGAUAUUAAGGGCGCUGGGAGGAAGAAGAGGAAGGUUGGAGGGAAACAAUUGUUGAGUUUUGGAGGGGAUGAGGGGGAUGAGCAGGAACAGGUGCCGGUUAAGAAGAAGGCGAAGUAUGAUACGAGGAUUGUGUUUGAUGAGGAACCUGUGGUUGAGUCGAAACCGAAGCCCAAGAAGCAAGUUCCAAAACCAGCUGCAAAACCAGUUUCCAUCGAGUCCUCGCCCGAAUCUACACCUCCACCAAAAUCACUACCCAAUCGAGCAGCGAAAACCGAACGAGAAAUAUCCUCAUCACCAGAACCAGAACCAGUACAAAAGGUUUCGUCCUUGCUAGACAGGACGAAUGCCCAAAUCGCAGAGCUGAAAGCGUCCAUGAAACGCAACGUCCAAAUUGCACCCGUUCACGAGAAGAAGAAAUCCGCCCUCGAAGAAAUGAUACCCUCAACCUCCGUCCGCGGCCGGAAACGCCACCCAGGCGGAAACACCACCACCAAAGAAGAACAACGAACGCUAGACCUCCUCAAUGCAUUCAAAUCAAAGCUAGAUCAAGCUCCACCGCCCACGUCCAAAGAAGCCUCAAAGGCCACCCCACCGCCAGAAUCCGCGUCUCACAAAGACGCAAAAGAAGAUGAAGAAGAAGCAGGGUUGUGCGAUCUGCAUUUCAUUGUCGACUGCCAAUCCUGCAAGAAAUGGGAUGCGCAGGCCGAUGCGGAGAGUGAUGAGGAGGUGGGUGGGGUGGGCUGGAUGUCGCACGCUCUUUCGUUCAAAGAGGAUAAGCUGGGCAAGGACUUGAGUUAUCGGAAGAAAGCUGAGAAUGAACUUGUCGUUAUUGAUCCGCGGGAGAAGGCGCGGACCCUGAAGGAGGAGAAGAAGGCGCAGAGGGAGGCUAGGGCUGGGGGGACUGGGAGGGAGUGGGAUAUGGUUCGGAAUGAAAAGUUGGCAAGAUCGUCGGCUCUGUCUGGGAGGGGUGCCAAGUAG